CCUGGGCUCAGACAGAAAUCGCUUUCACUGGAGCUCAGCUCGCGUUUCAACACUCGCCAGCUCGGUUCCUUCAGUCUCAGGUAGCCUCAACUCGUCCCGGGAGCAGUGAGCCAGAGAAGGAACAGUGUGGCUGCGGUCUGCUGCUCAGGGUUGGUUUUCAAGCUAUAGCCGGCACCAUGGCGUUGUCGUACAAGAAGGACCUGGAAAAGUACAAGGAUCUGGAUGAAGAUGAAAUCCUCAACAAGCUGUCGGAAGAGGAGCUCAAGCAGCUGGAGUCUGCCCUCGAGGAGAUGGAUCCUGAGAAUGCUCUUCUCCCAGCGGGUUUACGUCAGAAGGACCAUACGUCCAAGAACGCAACAGGAACGUUCGACCGGGACCGUCUGCUCAAACACCUGGAGAAGGAAGCCAUCGAGUACCAGGACAGAGACGAUAUAAUUCCCUUCACAGGAGAGAGAAAAGGUAAAGCAUUUGUUCCGAAGCAGAGACCUAUAGAAACGCGUCAGGAAGAUAUCACAACCCUGGAUCCAGAAUUGGAGGAAGCCCUGUCCAGCGCCACAGACACAGAACUGUGUGAUCUAGCAGCGAUCCUGGGUGUUCACACGCUGGUAACCAGUAAUCAGACAUACGAUGGGACCAGUGGCAAAGGGGGUUACAACAAUGUGGUCAAAGGUGAGAAGAUGAUCCCAGUGUUCGAUGAGCCUCCCAAUCCCACCAACGUAGACGACACCCUGCAGAGGAUAAAGAGCAACGACAGCUCCCUCACGGAGGUCAACCUCAACAACAUUAAGAACAUUCCCAUUCCCACGCUGAAGGACUUGGCCAAAGCCAUGGAGAGGAACACCCACGUCAAGAAGUUCAGCCUGGCAGCAACACGGAGUAACGACCCAAUUGCUGUGGCGUUCAGUGAGAUGCUGCGGGAGAACAAAACGUUGCGAAGUUUGAACUUGGAGUCCAACUUCAUCACCGGGGUCGGGGUGCAGGCUUUGGUUGACGCUCUGCGGGACAACGAAGCAAUUAUAGAGAUCAAGAUAGACAACCAGAGGCAGCAGCUGGGAACCACUGUAGAGAUGGAGAUAGCUAAGAUGUUGGAGCAGAACAACAGCAUAGUGAAGUUUGGCUACCACUUCACCCAGCAAGGACCCCGGUCCAGAGCCGCAGCAGCUAUCACCAAGAACAACGACUUGGUUCGUAAGAAGCGAGUGGAAGCGGACCUGUAGGAGCGGAGCCGGACCCGACUCCCAGCCAAUCGCGUUUUUUCAUCUCACCACGUGGAAUAAUUUCAGCCAAUGCCCUGGUCUCAUCUCACUGUGUGGAAACUUAAGUCUUGUGCCAAACUGUGGGGCAAGGCGCGCGCAACCAGAACAUACGUCUGAGAAGAAGGGAAAUAACUGGAAUUGCCUCCUCUCCUAUAUGCUUGUUCAUACUGUUGUUUAUUGUUAUGUUUGUCAUUGAAGGUGUAAAUCUGAGUAGUUUUUAGUCAUUUCAUUUCAGCUGCUCCUUUUGUUUUUCUUUCUGAACCUUUAUAUGUUCUGUCCAGACUUUUUACUAUCUCCUUUCCUUUUAUACAAUGCUAUAAUCAUGUGGAAGAAACAUGAACAAGUACCUGAAACAACAGUAAUAUCUAUAAAACAACAACUAACCCCCGUAUCCUCUUCCGUGAUAGUUUGCUAUUGGAUGUUAAGAUUCCACUGGAGCAGAAUUUGACAUUAGAACGUCGAUGACUAACCUGUUGUUCUGUCGGUCACCAUAACACAACCAGCAGCUGCAGCAUGGUGCAGUAAUGAUCAGAUCGCUGCCGUACGUCACGUGACCAAUGUUCUGAGGCUGUUUUUUUUAAUUGCCUUGUAAAGUCUGCGGGACUGAUGGGCCGGUGUGUGUAAUAGUUUGUGUGUGUGAGAGGAAAAGAACGUUCUUAGUUGGUGCUGGCGUUACGCUGUAGUCGGCCGAAGAGAGGAUGUGCGAUUCGAAAGUCUGUAAAAACACGUUAUACUGUCGACCCCCCCCCCCCACAAACACACACACACUUCAAUAUAAAACCACUGUAUCAGCGUUUUUUCCACACUAACAUUCUUGUUUUGAUACGGUUCUAAUUCUGAUGUCGGUUGCUCUGACCCCUGAUAUCUCUGAACAGGAAAUUAUAAGGAGGGUUUGGUUUUUCAAAUCAAGUAAAAACUGGGAUUUUACUAUAAAUAUAACAGGAUAUUUACUCUGCUCAACAGCCUGAGUAUCAUUUAAACUCAGCCAAACCAAAGACAAACACGUGCAGUGCUUAAAGUAUCAAUAUCAGACUGGAAGGUUAUUGGUUUCGGUUUUGAUUUUUGUCGGCUUCUUCACAGUUAAGAUCUUGGAAAGAGUUUUAAAACAAUAAAUUUGCCUUUUAAUUUGACGGUGUCAUUACAAUCCUUCACAUGGGCCAUUUAUUGAAAAGGAGAAUUCGGCAAGUGGUUCUCUGAGAUGCGAGUACGAGUCUGCUCCCAGUUUGUGUGAAAUCCCUUUUUCAUUUUACGUCCCGGCAUGCAACGGCUUGUGAAAACGUCUCUGUGAUCGACACCCCCCCCCCUGUACAGAUCUGAAAUCUGCUUCCUCCCUCACAACCAACACUUCAGCUUUCAGCAGCGUCUGAGCAGUAGCAUGUCGUACAUUACGUAACAGUGAUGAUGGCAACGUGCCGUGUGCCUUACACUGAACGCACACUCGCCUGCUCGAGAUGAGGAGAACAGGACCAACGCAGAAUCUACUUGAAGCUUGUAUAUACUGUUUAUGUGUAACAGGAACAAUACUCCUGCUUGACGUCAUCACACACACGAACAACACGUUUCUAUCGACCAAGCAAAUUCACAUUCCUGGCACACCAGUUCUAUGUGUUUUAUAUCUGUGUUCUUCCUCCAACAUCAUAUCUGCUUGUAUUUCCAACCUCCUUGUUUUUACAUGACUGUGCUCUGCUGGUGGAUGAACUGCUUCUUUGCUUGGGCUUGUUAAUAAUAAUCUGUGAUUCUAUAUUAAUUCUGUACAUUAAUAAAACAAAAAUUGCCAUCUCAAAUUCGCACACACACACUUUUAUGUGUGGACCACGUAAAUCUACUCACUGCUGCGAUUUCUUUUGUACCUUUUAAAUCAAGAUUCAGGUGUAGAGUCAACAUAUGGAAAAUGUAAUAUUCUAAAACCACAAGACUGGUGAAAUGCACUGCUGAAUAUAAGACAUCCUCAACAAUAAAUGUUUUUACAUAC